AUGGCUAGAAAGUCCUGGAAUCCUGAAGAAGUAAGCUCAAAUACCAGUGAAAAGAAUGGACUUGCUGGCAAGUACACAGACCCUGACUGCUCAGCUGCCUAUGUUGUCACAGAGGAUUCAGAAGAUAGACUCAAGGGCUAUGGCAUUAUGUUCACUUUAGGGAAGGACACAGAAGUUGUUGUCAGUGCUGUGAAUGCCCUUACCCACUACGUGCUUCAUCAGAAGGAUCUCAGGGAUAUUGUUGGUGACUUUAGAGGUUUCUGCAGAGAGCUCACAAGUGAUGGGCAGCUCAGACUGAUGAUGGAUGCCAACGAGCAUUGGGAUGUGCCUCAGGCAGUGGAGUAGAUGUCAAUACUAGCUGAAUUCAAGCCAUUGUAGAUUGAGAAGCCCACAUCCCAGAAAAACAACAGCCAUGCAACUAUUUCUGAGGCCCCAUUAGGAAUUGGCAUUGCCACAGGAGAACAGUGCCACAACAGAAUGAUGAUUAAGCAACUCCUACACAUGAAGGCCCUGCAGUUUCUUCAAAUUGACAGCUGUAAACUGGGGAGUGUCAAUGAAAACCUCACAGUAUUACUGAUGGCCAAAAAGUUUGGAAUCCUCGUCUACCCCUAUGCUAGUGGAGCUGGACUUGAACUGGUACAGCACUUGAUUAUAUUUGACUAUAUAUCAGUCUCUGCCAGCCUUCAAAACAGGAUGUGUGAAUAUGUGGACCAUCUGCAUGAACAUUUCAAAUAUCCUAUGGUAAUCAAACAUGCUUCAUAUCUGCCUCCCAAGUACGCAGGCUACUCAACAGAAAUGAAGGAAAAAUCUGUAAAGAAACACCAAUACCCAGAUGGAGAAAUCUGGAAGAACUCCUUGCUGCUCAAGAUUUAUGUGUUCAGGCCUAACCCUAACACUUUUUGUCUGAAGUGA